AACAUAUGUAUUUAAAAUAUACAUAUUUUCAGUGUUUGGACUUUCCAGCUCUUAACAGUGUUUUCUAAUUCCGAAAUGAUGACAAAUUAUGAAUAUUCAUAAAGUACUCUAGAGCAAGUGAUGACAUUUUAGCCUGGUAGAAAUCAUUAUCGCAAUACACUUUAUUCACAAGCUACAAAACAAAACGUUAUUUCACAACAGAUUUAUCAGUCGCAAAAAGAUAACGUUACUUAGUAACGUUCACAUUCGGAAACGACAAGAUACAUUAUAACGUCUCAUAAGACAAAGACAGCUGCACGCCCUGUCUUCCGCAGCGCGUGACGGAGGCAUGUCGCCGUCUUACGUCACGCCUCGCUCGCUUACGUCACAUCCUUCCGUCACCGCGUUGACCUCUGACAGCUCCUCUUUCCGCCCCUCCAACGCGGAAGCAGCAUGGCGUCAAACACCGACAUCUCCGAGCGCCAGAGAAUCGCGGCGCGACGGCUUCGGGUCGUCGCCGGCCACCUGCAGAAGUGCGUGCAGGGCGAAGGCGCGGGGGUGUCUGCACAGGCGUGCAAGACGGAGACACCCCGGUCCAGCCCUGCCAAAGCGACCUCGGUGCCGAAACGGAGGCAAGACAUAAUGAAAUGGAACGGUUGGGGUUACAGUGAUUCGCGGUUUCUCUUCAACAAGAAAGGACAAGGAGAAUUCACGGGCAAAAGGUACCGGUUAAGUGGCAUGAUCCUGCCCAGUCUGAAGGACUGGUUUGAGGCCACGUUUGGGACCAGUCUACAACACAAAACCCCAGCUACUCCCACUUUGAACGUGAGUGCAGUCCCGCCCCCUAACCUGGUCGAGCCGUUCGUGGAGGAGCUGAAGGUGGCGGGCGUGGCCGCGUCACAUGACCCAGAGGGCCGAGUGUUCCGUUCUCACGGACACUGCCUGCAUGAGAUCUUCGCUCUCCGGGAGGGGAGGAUUGGAAGAGUACCAGACCUGGUGGUUUGGCCGAACUGUCACAAUGACGUGGUGAAGAUUGUAGAGCUGGCCUGCAAGUACAAUGUGUGUUUGAUGCCAUAUGGAGGUGGUACGAGUGUGUCCAGUGCUCUAGAGUGCCCCCUGGAGGAGACUCGAUCCGUUGUUUCUCUGGACACCUCUCAGAUGAACCGAAUAUUGUGGAUUGAUGAGAAGAACCUAACGGUACAUGUGGAGGCUGGCAUCAUUGGCCAGGAUCUAGAGAGACAGUUGAAUGAGAGUGGGUACUGCACUGGUCAUGAGCCAGACUCCAUGGAGUUCAGCUCUCUCGGCGGCUGGGUGGCUACACGCGCGUCAGGCAUGAAAAAGAACAUCUAUGGCAACAUCGAAGACUUGGUGGUGCAUAUAAAGAUGGUGACCCCUCGCGGUGUGAUUGAGAAGAGCUGUCAGGGUCCGCGUAUGUCCACGGGGCCCGACAUUCACCACUUCAUUAUGGGCUCUGAAGGCACUUUGGGUGUGGUGACCGAGGUCACGAUGAAGAUCCGGCCUCUUCCUGAGUACCAAAAAUACGGCUCCAUCGUCUUCCCGAACUUCCAGCAGGGCGUGUCGUGCCUGCGUGAGGUAGCCAGACAGAGAUGUGCUCCUGCCUCUAUUCGACUGAUGGACAACGAGCAGUUUCAAUUUGGUCAUGCGUUGAAGCCUCAAGUGUCCUCCAUCUUCACGUCAUUUCUGGACGGCCUGAAAAAAUUCUACAUCACUAAAUUCAAAGGUUUCGAACCUCACCACCUGUGCGUGGCCACUCUGCUGUUUGAGGGCGAUCGAGAGAAGGUGCUGCAGCAUGAGAAACAGGUUUACGACAUUGCUGCCAAAUUUGGGGGCCUGGCUGCAGGGGAGGAUAACGGGCAGAGAGGGUACAUGCUGACCUUUGUCAUCGCGUACCUGCGGGAUCUGGGCAUGGAUUACUACGUGAUAGGAGAGUCCUUUGAGACGUCGGUGCCUUGGGACAGAGUGUUGGAUCUGUGCAGGAACGUAAAGGAGCGGAUAGUGAGAGAAUGUAAAGAGCGAGGUGUGCAGUUCCCACCAUUUUCCACAUGCAGGGUAACGCAGACCUACGAUGCAGGGGCCUGCGUGUAUUUCUACUUUGCCUUCAAUUAUCGAGGUCUCGCUGAUCCACUCCAUGUCUACGAGCGAGUGGAGCAUGAAGCCAGAGAGGAGAUUCUAGCCAAUGGGGGAAGCCUAUCCCAUCACCACGGAGUGGGCAAACUGCGGAAGGAGUGGAUGAGGGAAGCAGUCUCCACGGUGGGUCUCGGUAUGCUCCAGUCUGUGAAGGAGUACGUGGAUCCCAAUAACAUAUUCGGAAACAGAAACCUCCUGUAACGCCUUUUCGAAACCUUGUUCUCACCAUUUUUCUAACAGCGUCUAGUCACACUGGAACAAAAGCCUAACACACUAAUUUCUACGUAUACAAAACAAGCCAUCAUAUAUUUUCAGCUCUCGGUCACAUCCAAGUCCCGUCCAGAGCUCUGCUGCAGGACUCUGCAGGACUCUGCAGGACCCCAAGCCCUGCCUGCCUUUCAUGGCCCCUCAACUCUGCACCCCUCUCCGUUUGUUCAAACGCAACUUCUGAAAAGUGAGGGUUGCUUGUUUUUUGAGUUUUUUUUUUUUUUUUUUUUGUAUUACCAUAGUUUCAGCAUCAACCCCUUUAGGGUGCUACAGAGGAUUGCCUCUCUGAAAGUUUGUCUAAGAAAAGCAGGUUAUAUAUAUAUGUUUAUAUACAUAUACUUUUCCAAUGUUUAUAUACAUACACAUUUCUCCCCCACCCCAAAAAUCAUUUUUCAUUUCCCACCAAUCUCAUGCGGUUUUCUUUAACUUGAUGUAUAUUAAACGUAAGGGCGUUCCUGUGUAGUUUGUGGGACACGGCUGUAGAGAAGCCUGACCCGUGCUUUCUGAGGCAGUGUGCCUUUCUAAGGCAGUGUGCCUUUUGUCUCUCUCUGGGUGUGUCGUCUCCUGCCUUCAUCCAUUUUGAGUCGUGACUCAGUUUAAACGUUUACUGUCUCUUCAGUGAUUUGUAUCUCCUAGCGUAUUCCCUCAAACUAUCCUUUGUCUUUCCUGACAGUCAACUUGAACUGUUUUGCCAGGAUUUCCUUGUAGUUUGUCUAGCUCCUUGAGAUUUUUGUUUGUUUGUUUCAAGUAGGUGCCUCUGAUAAUUGUGCACCGAAGGAAACACGGUUACUAUUAAAUUCUACCCUGCAAAAGCAGGCUGACAAAAAAAAAAUUUUGGCGCCACGGUGAGGUGAUUUCCUUAGUCCUUCCCCAUCAUCGGUGUCUUUUUGGAGGGAGUUUGGUUCAUUAGUGUCUCCAUGCACAGGUGUGAGAAACCUCUCCUCGUGUUUUUACCAAAGACUCAACCUUUCACUCCUAACCAUCACAGGCCAGGUUUCUUUGGCUGUAUGCACACAUGCGCCUGUAAAUUCUGUAUAUUAGGAGCACAUGCAUAUGUAAGCUUAUAUAUAUGACUGUCAGUCACCAUCAUUUAAUAUUCUUUUUGUUUGUUUGUUUGUUUGUUUUCAAAAUUAUGUAUGCAAAAUAAUGAGCCGAUCCCAUUGGGUUCUCCGAGUGUCAAUGUUGGUGACACAACCUGAUCUUCUACUCAUGCUCAUCCAUGGUGAGGACCAGCCUGGCCCUGGAUGUUAAGUUGAACACUUGUGGAUUUUCGGUUGCUCUUUUAAAAAGGUGCCUGUCUGAACAUAUCAUGAAAGCAUUCUCCAAACACAUCGCGAGUUCCUGGCGCGGCACGGUCAAGCCUCGUCGUCUUGGAAGAUUUGCCUAGGAUUUUUAAUCUUUUUUUUGGUUCAGAAUCCUCUUUAGCAGUGAUUUGGCUUCAUUCUCACCAUCAAGCUAAACCCAAGCCUUUGGUAACCAUGGUUACCACGCUGCUGUGCAGUGCUAGACUUAGUGACGCAAAGUUAGUGAGGUCAAAUUGCCAGUUUUGUUUCUUGAACACGUCAGCACUGUUCGUCUGAAGGUCCGUCCUGGGGGGUUCUGUACGCAGCGCUCCCCACAGAGACUGUAAUCAUUUAUGACCCGGGAAUACUUGAGGUGGUGACCCCGUGUUGCUCUGCAGGCUUUUGUCCUCUGUGAAACGUCAAAUGAAGGAGAUGUCGGGCCUCGGUCGGUCCACCCGAACAUUUUCUGAACAGUUUCAUUAAUAGCUGCUCGCGCUGUGUCACCAGAACUCACCUGCCAAUGUUCCCAUGCUCCUUUUGUUAUUCUCUAGUUUCCUUGGUAACAUGUUUAACAUUUGGAGUACAUUUUGUCAAUGCUGUUUGUGCAAUAAAUUAACAUUAAAAAGA